CGGAAGGUGCCGGGCCAUAGUGUUGCUUCCAACAUGGUGGCACCAUCAGUUAAACAGACAUGGGUGGCAAUGGGCGUGCUCAUGAACAUGCUAAGCCAGGGUAUGGUGCUGAGUUUCCCGUCCAUCCUGGUUCCUGCUCUACUGUCUCCGGAUUCCGAGAUAACAGCUGAUCUAAAUAUGGCAUCUUGGGUAGCAUCAUGUGUCGCACCAGCAGGACUGCCCGGAUUCCUUCUGUCAUCAUUCUUGAUGGAUCGGUACGGGAGGAAGCGUACUCAAAUAAUGGUCAUGAUACCUGGGAUUAUUGGAUGGAUUUUUGUCUACUUCGCCUCUAGUAUUAAUACUCUGAUAUUAGGAAGAGUUCUGUGUGGCUUCACUGGGGCAGCUACCGUUAUCCUAGGGGCGGUGGUUAUCGGAGAAUACUGCAGUCCAGGAAACAGAGGCAUGUUCUUAAAUCUUAAAACAGCAGCAGUGUGCCUCGGAAAUAUGUUGGUUCACACUUUAGGCAACUAUUUAAACUGGAAUGUGGUCGCACUCAUUGGUCUGGUUCCCCAAGCUAUUUCAUUUAUUAUCGUUUUGACGUGGCCUGAAAGCCCGGCUUGGUUGGCUUCAAGAAAGGAAUUUGAAUCUAGUGAAAAGUCCUUCUAUUGGCUGAGAGGCACCAGUGCAGAAUCAAGGAAGGAGUUAGAAGAACUAAUUCGCGCACAAAAAGAAAAAUCAAAUUACGAGAUAUCAACGUCUAUGUCUGAAAAAGUAUUGGAGCUCGUUAAUAAAUUUACGAUGAGAGACUUCAUAAAACCCACGAUUGUAAUAAUAUUCUGUGGGAUUCUGCUAGAAACUUGCGGGAGACACUAUUUCCCCGCUUACGCGUUACAAAUAAUAGAAGAAGUCACGGGAAAUAAGACAAAUUCGUUCUACUUCACAUUGGGCAUCGAUAUGAUUAUUACAGCAACUGCUUUAUUCUCAUCAGUGUUGGUGAAAGUUAUGAAACGUCGGACAAUUUUGUUCUGGAGUGGUUUUGCAGCUUUAUUUACACUCACAUGCGUUUGUCUGUAUUUGUUCCUUUCAGCAAAUGCAAUAAUCUCUAAAGACAAGCCUUGGAUACCUUUAACAUUGUUCUCUGUGUACUUUAUUCUUUCGAAUUUAGGUUGUACUCCGAUACCCCUUGCAUUAUUGGGUGAAUUGUAUCCUUUGGCGCAUCGAGGCGCUGGAGCAGCUAUAUCAGGUCUUACUUUAUCCAUUUGGCUCAUGAUUGCGAUGCAAGUGACUCCGUAUCUACUAGUCAGUAUUAAAGUGUAUGGGACUUUCGCGGUUUAUGGAGCAGCUAUGGGCGUAUCAUUACUCGUUAUGUACUACAUUCUUCCUGAAACCAAAGAUAGAACGCUUCAAGAGAUUGAGCAUUACUUUAAUUUCGGGAAGUUUAGAGAUGACAAAAUUGACAAUGAUGAUGAAGCGAAAAUUAAAAUGAUACAAUCACCCUAAUUUAUCCUUUUUUUGGUUAUUACUAAAUUAUUUGUAAACUGCACGAUCACGUUCGAGAUAAUGCGCUCAAAGACGAAUGAUAUGACUUGGCCCCAGUUCCACUGGGUCUUUAGUUCGUUCGUUUCUUUUCCGAGAUCAGGGUUACGACGACAGUGAGUAUCAAAGUAAUAUUAAAUUUUAUCUGAUUAUUUUGGUUAGGAAAUGAUAAUUUCACAGAUACUAGGUAAGUAUAUUUGCAUAGUUGUUUGCUUAAAAUAUUAUAAAGAGAUUAAAAAGACGAUUAUUAUAUAAAAGUCUUUAUCGCUAGUCUUAGUCUUUUUGUAUAUACUUUAGUAAAUAGGUUCUAUAAUUUAUUUAUAAUAAGGCAUUUAAUUAUCAAUUAUUUCAUCGCAUUGCAUACAAUUGUGGCAAACAAAUACCAAAACACGAGUAAGUUAGCGGAAUUCUGGAGCAGUUUCCGAUUUUGAAAAAUUAUUCAUUUUAGCAAAAAGUUCAGAGGAAAUAUUAAUAAGUAGAUAUAUUGUAAUUAAAAGUAUAAAAGGCAUAUCUAAGUAUUUAUUUAUUGGUUUAUUACAUUUGUGAAACCACAUAUGAGCAAAAAAAAUCUAAAAUAAUGUACGUAGAUAAAAAAUUUAAAACAUACAAAGAUGAUUAUAAUAUUUAAGAACGACUGGAAUUCAAUCAGAAUUAAUAACGCCACCGGGUCGCUUACACUCGAUGUAGGAUGCACCUAACUAUUAAUUUCAUUUUCUUAAUAUUUAUUCUUAUUUAUUCUUGUUAAUUUUUAUGUACCGAUGAAUGGUAAUACAGAUUGGAUGGAUUUAGAUUGCCGCUGUUUCAAGACGAAACAAAGUGACAGUGUAUUUGUAACUGUGUUAUUUAAUUUAAUUAGGGUCAUAUAAUUUUUUUUCUAGCAAUGUUAGCAAUGAAGAGAUAUAUUGUUAUAAUAAUUGAUAGCCUAUAUUACAGUCCACUGCUGGACUAUGGGCGUCUCCUCAUGAUAGUCACGCUGGGAGUCUGCCCAGCGUGAUUAUGGGUACUCCCUAACACCCUCCCUACCACUAUUUUGGUUAUCGCACUAGAUGGUAGUAGUAGCACGGAGGACGGGGCCGAGUGUUCUCCGUUACAUUCCCUUAGUAAAAAUGCAAGCAAAGCAACGUGCGACACUUUUAUUUCUACGUAGCUUCUUUUACGCGAGCAAACGUAAAACACGCAACUAUCAGUGCUAAAUUAUAGU